GAAUGAGUACAGUGCAUUCUGGAAGUGCGUGCAAGCAGGGGCCGCCUAUUUGUUCACGCAGCUGUGUAAGAUGCUUGUCCUGGCCACUUUCUUCCCUGGAUCUGAUGUGGCAGAGGGUUCCCUUGAUGUUGUAGGGGAAUUCUUGAAGUCGACAGUUGACUUAGGUGACCUUGUGGGACUACACCUGAUAAUGACACGUGUAGCAGGAAAGGGACAGUUAAAGUUCUUAGUGGCAGGAGUUGGCUGGGCCACGGCUGAACUUAUCAUGACCAGAUUUUUGCCUCUAUGGAUUGGUGCUAGGGGGAUAGAGUUUGACUGGAAGUAUAUGCAGAUGAGCUUUGACUCGAACAUCAGUCUUGUGCAACACAUCACAACUGCGGCCCUUGUGUGGUUGUACAGCCGACAUGAUCUCAACAAGUCAUUCACCCCCAUCGUGGUUACUCUAUUGGCGCUGAGCUGUUAUAAACCACUUAUUGUAGAAAUCUUAAUCCAUGCUGUUGGUCUGGGAUCCUGGACAUUGUUGUUUGCAAAAUUCCUCUUCACUGGCAUAUUGGGAACCAUCGCUGUUCAGCUUUACUUUAGCCUCUCACAGGAGACUAACUCCUACAAAUAUAACUGACUUUAAAUGGACUUUAGUUAAUAUCUUCAUUAUGUAUGUGUAACAAUAUGAAUUUUUACAUUCAGGGAAAUCGGAAAAUGUGUGUAUCAGUAGCCUCGUAUCAAACCUCAAAUAUGGAAGGGCUACAUAAGGGCUUAAUGCAAGGCUACUCUACUUCAUUGUCAAAGAAAUUAAAAAUCUCAUACUUGUAUACAGUCCCUCGUGGAUAUUGUAGAUUAUGUAUAGCACAAAUAUUCAGUAACUCCCAGAAUGAUGCGUUUUAAGGCCCUUAUCAAUAUAUCAUGUUUAGUAUUUGUACUGUAGUAUAUCAUCAGACAUUUCCAAUUUGCACUGUGUUAUAAACUGUUUCUGAAUUUAUGCAUUUAAAAAAACUGCAUAAAAUAAUCAUAUAUAAAUGUCGUACAUUGUAAUAAUACCAUAUUUAACAAUGCUUCUGACAUAACCUUGGUUGCAGAAUUGUGCGCAUUCUUAUAUUCAUGAAAAUCCUUUCAAUCAUAAUUUUAGAGGACUUUUGAAACAUUCCCACAACAUCUGAUAUUGGCAACAACAGUAAUAAUAUUAUGUACCGUGCGAAGCUCUCUUUUACGAAGCAAAGUUCAAAAAAUGCAGAGGGUAAAUAUAUUGGUGUUAGAAGUAAUUUCAGUACCACAAGUUAACACUAUAUAUUUAGCCAUUGUAUUGUUUGUUGACAGAUAGUUGUUGAUUAUUAAUAUUGAUCAGAUGUUUGUGGGUCAAUGUUAUCACAAUGUAAAAACAUGAUUUUUACAUGAAGUUAUAAGUAUUCGUCUAUAUUAUGCAGGGCUUAAGAAUAUUUGCAUGUAUAACGCAAUGUCGAUAUGUUUAGAUGAGUGAAAUAUGAAAUUUAAAUCAGUUUAAUUAGUUUAACAAAUAGAUUCAUCUUUAUGAUGUCAAUUUCACCUUCGUUUUUCAUAAUUUGAAUGCUAGUAUUUAUUCUUUUUCUUUUCAACCAUCGUAAGGUGAUACAGUGUAUCACCUUUGCACUGUGUUUACUUGAUUAAGUUAAAUGUACUUUCAUUAUCAUUCGCUGUCACACUUACUGUUGUACCAUAUAUCAAGACUGAUGAUUUUAUUUGUAAAAUACAUGUCCUCUCUAUUAUAUCAAUCUUUCAAUUUCUUAACAUUUUAACGCAUGAAUUAGAAUAAAUUUGAAUUUUUAGAGGCCAUUUCUUGGUCUUGAAUUGGAUGAAUGUGCAAUUGUAAAAACAUUGGUGUUGAUUUAUAGGAAUAAAUAUUAACAAAUGGGACAAA